CCCGCACAGGCAGUAGCAGCGCCAGCCUGGUCAUCCGGAUCCUCCUACAAGACGACGACAAGCGGCCGGGAUAUGAAGCGGCCCUGAUCUAGCGCUGAGGGGAGAUACUGACUUAUAGAAUCCCUGCAGGGACCGGAGGGAGAGAUCCCCCUGCCAACACUAAUCAUGAGUAACAAUAUCGGCCCUCAGAACAACAACAACAGGCCGACUAAAAGACUGUCAAACAGCGGCUCCAUACUGCUCACCGCGCAGGAAAAUGAAAGUCUCUUCGGCUACCUGGGCAAGAAGUGCGUGACCAUGACGUCAGCUGUUGUUCAGGUAUUUUUCUCGGAACGUAACUCUGUGUGGGUUAAGAAAUGCUGUGGAGUUGUGUGCCUGGUAAAGGACAAUCCACAAAGGUCGUAUUUCAUCAGAGUGUAUGAUAUCAAGGAAGGUAGACAACUCCAUGAACAGGAACUGUACUAUAAUUUUGUAUAUAAUAGCCCAAGAACAUAUUUUCACACAUUUCCCGGAGAUGCAUGUCAGAUUGGUCUAAAUUUUGCAAGUGAAGAAGAAGCGAAAAGAUUCAGAAAAAUAACUACUGAUUUAAUUGCAAGAAGACCAAGAAAACCUGAUAAGAAGCGAGAACCUCCAAAUGGGCCAAGUCUACCAAUGGCAACUGUUGACAUCAAAAAUCCAGAAAUCACAACCAGAUAUAAUGCACAAGUGAACAACAUUCCAUACAAAAAUGACAAGAAAAAGGGAAAACCGAAGAAGAAGAAACUUACAAAGGCUGAUAUUGGAACUCCAAGUAACUUUCAACACAUUGGACAUGUUGGUUGGGAUCCAAACACAGGCUUUGAUGUCAACAAUUUGGACCCAGAGCUUAAAAAAUUGUUCGACUUAUGUGGCAUAUCAGAAGCUCAGCUGAAAGAUAAGGAAACAUCAAAAGUAAUUUAUGAUUUUAUCGAAAAAACAGGAGGUGUCGAAGCUGUCAAAAAUGAGUUGCGAAGGCAGGCACCACCACCCCCACCUCCAUCUCGAGGAGGUCCACCACCACCACCUCCUCCACAUAGCUCAGGUCCACCACCUCCCCCACCUCCCGCAAGGGGCAGAGGUGCCCCACCACCACCUCCAUCCAGGGCACCAACAACAGCGCCUCCACCUCCACCACCUAUCAGGCCAGGGCAGUCGGGGCCUCCACCACCUCCUAAUAGAAUGUAUCCACCACCACCGCCAGGGCAUAUUUCCUCUGCACCCUCAAGUCCCCCACCUCCUCCACCUUCAUCUGGUUUUGGAGCUGCUGCCCCACCUCCACCCCCUCCGCCGCCACCACCACCACCUGGCCCUCCUCCUCCUGAGUUUUCAUCAGAAAAUGAUCAUCACUCUGCUAUUGCUGGUGGAACCAAAUCUGCCCUUCUGGAUCAGAUUAGAGGAGGUGCUACGCUAAAGAAAGUAGACAACAGAGAUAGUCGACCAGCAUCCACUUCUGGACGCGAUGCACUGCUAGAUCAGAUUCGACAGGGCAUACAGCUGAAAUCUGUACCUGAUGAGGCUGAUACAGUGCCAUCCACACCUGCACCCACCACAGGAAUUGUAGGCGCCCUAAUGGAAGUUAUGAAGAAAAGGAGUAAAGCCAUUCAUUCUUCAGAUAGCGAUGAAGAUGAGGAUGAAGACGAAGACUUUGAGGAGGAGGAGGAUGAAUGGGAGGAUUGAUCAAUACAUAUAUAUAUAAUAUAUAUUUUUUAAGAAUGAAUACUAAACACUUUCUGUCUAUGGAUUCUGUAAAAUGAUCAUGUAAAUUGUCUACCAAUUUGCUGUAUAUUUUUGUUGCCUUUUGCUUUUUUUAUUAAUCUGUGCAAUACCUCACUCAAAAUGCAAAGGUUAGUCCUAAUGCUCCACACAGCUUUUUCCCUCUAAAUGUGCACAAACCCAUCCAGUUGCUCAUUGCAUUGGGGGCUGCACAGCAUUGAACUGACAGAAGUGGAACGGUGACUGAAUAACCUUUAAUUGUUAUAAUGAUAAAAAAAGAAACACUAUUUUCUUACCCUAAUUUUUCAGUACCUAAAGUUUCUUAUUAAAAUCUAGAAUAGCACUACAUUUGUUUUUUAAGUGACGCUGAUCUUGGCUUACUAAGCCAUUUCAUUUUGAAUGCAAAGCUAAAAGUAUGUUGAUUAUGUAUGUAUGUAUUAACUCUUUGCACGUUUUCGUUCACACUACAGAAGAUCCGUUUAUAUUAGUGCAAACAUUACAUCCAUGCUAUUAAGAAAAAGUCCUUUAUAAGCAAGCAAACAAAGCCUGUUGUUGAACUGCGAUAUUAGACUGUUGACAUUUUUUAUUUUUAAUUUUUACCCCUUCGCAAGAAAUUUUCGGAAACAGCCUUUCCAUGAUUCAUUACAAUGUCAGGGAUAAUGAGAUGUAUAGCAAGCACAUUGAAUAUUUCAUUACCAUCUCUGCUACUAGAAUGCCUUUCCAUAUAUUAUGUGUAUGACAUAUUCACAUUUCAGAUGCAACCGCCAAUUUUAAUGCUGAUUUCAGUGGCUAUUGUUUGUUUGUUUUGACAGGAUGAAUGGCAAGUGCUUGCUUAGGUAAAGUGGGGCUAAAUUCUGAAAUGAAUGUAGGGCAUGCUGCAGAUACUGAUAUUUUCAUUCAGUGCCCUUAUAUGUACUGCUUUUUUGCAGUCUGUGGGGUUAAAUCAUUGCAAAUGUAAGACACUAAAAUACAAUCAUAGGAACACUAUUUGGAAUGGCAUAUGAGUAUUAGUCUGUAUGAGAAAAUAAACACUUGUGUAACAAACCUGACUAUUGCAAUAUUCUGUUAUCGGAUGGAAAACUUGAAGAACAGACAUCGAAACAAAUAAAGAACAAUGUGUGCUUCUUUUGUAUACAAAAUGAUUUAUUCUUGUGCUUGCAAGGUGUGUGUGUGUGUAUAGAGGAACACAGAGGCUGACAAGGUUAUAGCUGAGAAACCCUUUGAAACACAUCUGUGCUUGACAGAGUUUAACUUAAUAUGUUUCUGUUGUUUUUGCUUGUUAGUUAAGCUUUUAUUGUAAUUAUUUUACGCAACUGGCUGUCAAUAACCAGUAUCUGCUUAGACCUAACAGGCUGGACCUGUGUCAUUUUAUACUGAAAUCCUACAAAGUCUUGGAUUCUCAAAUAAUCAUACCAUUAAAGCGAUCAUGUAAACUUUGUAGCAUAUUCAAUG